CCAUUAGCAUCCCAUUAUGAACCAGCAUGAUCACUCGUCACUUAAAAUGCCUGCCACAGCAUGCACUAUGUGUGUGUGUGUGUGAAAGCUUUUUUUUUCCCUUUAAAGCACGUGUGUGAACGUGAAAAAGAAUCACAGUCAAGUGAUUGAGAUGGCCUUGUUUCAGAAGAAGAAGUUUAGAAAAAAAACCGGUAGCAGAGCCUUGCAGUGAAUGCAAUUUCAUUUAAAUGUCUCUGCAAGUGUUUGGUUUGUUUGACCCAGAUUUCUCACCUACCCCGCAAUUGAUAAAUUGGAUAUCCGGAGGCAGCCUUGUGCAGCUAUUCAAUGUAGUUUCUAUGUAGCGAGCAGCGCCCUCUGCUGAGUAUACCCGUGUUGCACAUGAUUUGUUUUCGAAUCUACAGCCAUGUGAAAAAUAUAACAGCCUGUUUUCCUAACAUAUGGGGGCAUAUGGGUUCUAAUGAUUCAUUUUAAAAACUGAUGAAAAAUUUAGGUAAAAUAAUCAAGCAAGUAAGACUAAAAAAUAUACAACUUUCUGGCGAGGAAUAAAUUAGGAAUACUCCCACAUUUAGUUCCACAAACGUAAAAUAGCUAAAAUCACAUCAGGACCACAAGAUUAUAACAGUGGUCUUCAAAGGAGGUUUGCCUUUUUGAACCUGAGACAUUUAGUUUGCUGUGCUCCUGACUGUUUGAAUUGAGAGAAGGAUGGAGAGAAGGAUGUUAGAGCUGUCUGGGAAAAAAACCUCAAAUUAAAUGUGAAGCAUGGAGGGGGAAAUCUCAUGGCUGGGGAAUGCCUUAUAUAUCUAAACAGCUCAACAUCAUUUUCCCCAUGGAUUGCGCCAUCUAUCGAAGGGUGCUUGCUGAACAUGUGAGAUCAUCUGUCAAAAUAAAAAAAGCUAUUGCAGUCUGUAGUGAGAAACCAGGUAAAUAGCCUUCAACAGUGCUUUGCGCAUGUAGCUUUGAUCUCAAUAUGUUGCAGUGGUAAAACUUGAUUCAAAAGUGCUUACCAAUAGAUCUUCCUGCUUUAUUUAUUUUGUCAUGAUCAUGAAAUUGUAGGUUCUUUGAAGGCCAGUAUUGCUACCAUUAUUUCGGUGUGACUCCACAGAGCUCUGCUUGUCUCCUGUCACGGUCUGAAAACUUCUGCCUGCACCCACAGUCACAAAUUCUUUCGAACUCACUCAGGUCUGGAGGAAUGUUGAGUGUCUCUAGCCCUUCUCCCUGGAGAUUAGAGCUCCCCAUGCAUGGCCUCUCUCCUCUCCUCAUACUCAUUCCAUAGUGUGCCCCCUAAGAGCUGCUGCAUUUUUAUCUGAGCCCGGUGAUUGUGACAGAUUGGGCCAAUGAUGCACGCACACACACACAUUUGAGUACACACAUGUUCGAGGCUCUAUCAGAGGGGAGGUUGCUUUGCCAAGGGAGGGACAGACAGUGCCAGGCUUGGGGUAUAAAACCCUCCCAGGAUGAGACCGGAGUCCUCCCCUAAGCUGGACUCUUUCUCAGUCCUUUGUGCCAGGACACUGUCAGGACCGGCAACAGACGAGCCGCCAGCAUGAAUGACAUCUACAAAGCAGCGGUUGAACAGCUGACAGAUGAACAGAAAAAUGAGUUCAAGGCCGCCUUCGACAUCUUUGUGCAAGACGCAGAGGAUGGCUGCAUCAGCACCAAGGAGCUGGGAAAGGUUAUGAGGAUGCUCGGUCAGAACCCCACGCCAGAGGAGCUGCAGGAGAUGAUAGACGAGGUGGAUGAAGAUGGGAGCGGCACAGUGGACUUUGAUGAGUUCCUGGUCAUGAUGGUGAGAUGCAUGAAGGACGACAGCAAAGGGAAGACAGAAGAAGAGCUUGCUGAGCUCUUCAGGAUGUUUGACAAAAAUGCAGAUGGUUACAUCGACCUGGAUGAGCUGAAAAUGAUGCUGGAAUCCACAGGAGAAGUGAUCACUGAGGAUGAUAUUGAAGAGCUGAUGAAAGACGGGGACAAGAACAAUGAUGGCAAAAUUGACUAUGAUGAAUUCUUGGAGUUCAUGAAAGGAGUGGAGUAACCCUGAGCUGGAGAGGAUAAAAGUUAUUUUGAGUGUCAUUGUGACUCCACAGUCAUCUGUGGAAAACUGGAUUUGGCUGCAGUUGAUGGAAAACAAUGGGUCAGCAAUGCAAACACUGUAUCUGAUUUUUUCGUCUUUUGUAUUUUCUAUCAUAUCUUCCAUUGUUGAAGACACAAUUUUUGACUUUCAGUACAUUGAAUCUGUGUAAACGUGUCUAGAUCACUUAAAAUGUUUGUUGAGACCAAAUAUUAUUUCCCCCAUAUAGCUGAUUUAUGUUGGGUUUUUGUAUUAUGCUUCUAGGUAAAUAUAAUUUUUCAAAGGUUGCAGUCCAGUUCCCAAAAUAAUGUUGAAGAUGUAAAUAAACGCAAAGUAAACUCUUGUUGGAAUAAUCAUUUUAUCCAUAAAAUGCGCCGGAUCCAGUGAGUGUGCAUGCCAUGAUGUACAGUUUCUCUGUGUCUAAAGUCCCAUCAGGAUAUUUCAUUCUGUCCAGGUAUGACUGUCUGUUGCACUUGUAAGGUGCACUCAUGUAAUAAACAAAAUCCGACCAACAAUAAGA